AUGACUACUGAGCCGGUCUCCCCGUUUCCUCCGGGGUUCGCCAUCGCGACUCCACGCCUACAAAUCCAUCCUUUUGACCCCGACAACAGUUCUCACUGCGAGUUCCUGGUCAAACUAUGGAACACGGAUGACUUUAUCAACUCAUCUGGCCGGACUGGCAUCGACACCACUGAAAAGGCAGCAGCUUUUAUCCGACGACGCGUCCUAGCAGACUACGCUCGCAACCGACAUGGCCAGUUUCUCGUAUCUCUCGUCGAAGCCACCCAUCCCCCUAAGCUUAUCGGCUGUGUAUCGCUUAUGAAGGGAUCUCCGCCUGGUCCGCAUUAUCUUGCUCCUGACGUUGGAUAUACAAUUCUACCAGAGGAUAUUGGGAAGGGAUACGCGACUGAGGCGUCCAAGGGGCUUCUUGAAUAUGCCCGUGUCGAACUAGGUAUCCAUGCAGCUUUUGGAUUCUGUGCUGCGACGGAUAUGCGCAGUCGUAGGGUCUUGGAGAAAAUUGGCAUGGACUAUCGAGGGGUAGCUGCGUUGUCGGUCUUUGGUGGAAAGGAGAGUGCGGUUUAUACCCUCCAUGGGAUGGAUAAGGAUCUAUCUGUGUAUAAUCUCACGGAAGACCUUUGCGAUAAACAAAGUGAUAUAUAA